AUGAGGGGGAGCUGGGGGAGAAGCUUCCAGCUCUGGUGUUCUGAGAGCCCGCACAGGACUUGUCCCCAUCCAGCCCAGCCCCCGGGGACCCCUGCGUUCAGAGCCUGGGCUGGGGGCAAGCGCAGGGGCCGCAAAGGAGCUGUACCCCAAGCUCAAGAGCCGCCUGUCUCUCUGUCCUCAGUGUUGUCAGGACCCACCCCCGGGAUGUCGACUUAUGAAGAAAGCUCACUCUCGCCCGGUUUCACAGAGGAGGAAGGGAGGCACGGCUGGCCCACAGUCCAUCGCCUGCCAGGGGCCAAGAGCAGCUCUGACCACCCAAGGACGCUCCCACCCAACUCAAGUGCUGCCAACCAACCUCUGACUCCUGACCUCUGGGCCCACCUGCCCCACCCUGCUGUUUGUGAGGAGCUGGGGAACCCCCAGAAGCUUCGCCGCUGUAGACGCUGUGAGUGUUGA